UGGACGCUUUCAACUCUACGGUCGUACGUCAGUCGUAUUCGCAAGCGAGUUUGUUGGAUUUCAAUUAUCGUGUAUCGAGCGGGUUUUGUGUUUUCAUAUACAUAAGUAGCGUAAAAAUAUACAAAUUUUCCAAAUAGGAAACGCGCAACGCCAACGAAACCAAAAUCAUCUGCAGUUAAUUUCCAGUGAAAGAAAAAUACAAAAAAAAAAAAAACAACAUUACUCUGGUAAUAACCAAAGUGUAGCCAACACCAGCAACAACAACAACUAAAGUAAUCAACAUAAAACAACAACAGCAGCAGCAACAGCUAGCGAAACGCUCAACAAGUGAUUCCUUGGCUUUGGUAAUUCACUUACGCAAUUUUACUUCGGCACAAAGCUCGUCUGUUCGCUGAACUUCGCGGGUGAAAGGAAAAAGGGUAAACGUGCAAAUCGUGCGUAGACUAUAGAGGAGCAACACGCUUGAUAAAAGAAUAAAUUUAAUUUUCAAGGAAGCAUAAAUCAACAGGCAAAAUGUCGGAAUCAGUUUGUCACAAAUGCAACGAAAUCAUCACGAAACGCAUCAUAACCGCGCUCGGCAAAACCUGGCAUCCGGAGCAUUUUGCCUGCAAGGACUGCAACACACCCAUCGAGGAGGCCACAUUUAAUAUACAAGAUGGUGAGCCAGUGUGCUCCAAAUGUUUUCUGAAAAACUACUCAGGCACCUGUCAUGGCUGUAAGCAACCCAUUUUGGAGCGCACAAUUAAGGCACUCGGUCAGACUUGGCACGAAGAUUGCUUCGUGUGCGGCGGCCCAUGUCAGAAGCCACUGGUGGGCACAUCAUUUUAUGAGCGCGAUGGACGCGCCUACUGCAAGACAGACUUUGAGGAAUUAUUCGCGGCACGAUGCGCCGGCUGCGCCAAACCCAUAACAGAAAACGCGAUUGUGGCACUCAAUUCCAAAUGGCAUAGGGACUGCUUCAAAUGCAAGAAAUGCGCCAACCCCAUCACGGCGAGCAUAUUCGCAGUCGAGGAGAACAAACCGGUGUGCACGGAGUGCUCAGCUUAGAAGCCAGCCGUAAGGAAGAAAAUUGAAAUAAUAAAUAAUGUGAAUGAAUACUAAGGACCAUGGAUAAAAAGACAAAAGCAAGAAGGGGAGAGACACAGAUGAAAACAGAGAAAGAGAGAGAUAGAUUGCGCCGGCGAGCGCAAGCGUUUAAUUACCUGAAAAAUUUAGUUUUUAAAAGGCAACUCAAAUAACAAAAAUGGGAUAAAAGUGAAAUAAUAUACAAUGCAAGCAACGAAAGCGAAGAAUCUUAUAUGCAAAAUAGAAUUGAUUUUGUUUUUCUAAUUGCUGCGCUACUAACCAGGAAUACCAGGAAUGGAAUCUACGCAUAAGGAAACGAUUGCAAGUCUUCAGUUAAUCAAAAGUAUAAAUAUGUAUGUAUGUACUAUACAACACACUCACAUGAACACACACAACACAAUCCACACCGAACGCUGUAGACACCCUCACACACACACACUCAAACACGCCGAGAAAUGUUUUACUGCCGGACGGACAAAGUGGUUGCUGUGUGUCGUUCUUUCGGGCUGCUGCAUUAAAAGCUCACUAAAAGCUCCUUGGCAUUAUUAAAGCUCCCUGGCAUUAUACAAAUGUCAUACGUUCCAACCUAAAAACCGGCAAUUAUUUGUUGUUGCUUUUUCACACAAUAACUGCAGACAAAUUUAUUCCACAAGCUUCUAUUUGCGUUUGAUUCGUUUUAAGAAAUUUCCUUUCUUCCACUUUUCCUCGUUCUUUUUUUUUUUUUGGAGAAAGAAAAAAAUUAUACUUAAUUGUUUUUUUUUAUAUUCCUAAGACUUUUUUUUACUAAAAAUCAUGUAAAUUGCAUUGGUUCGUAUAUUCCUAAGUGACAAAUUUAUCUUUUUGCAUUUUUGCGAUUUUCAUUUUCUUCCAAACUCAACUAAUCAGAACAAAAAAUUUCGUCUCAAUUUAAAUUCGAAAGUUCUACUUUUUAGUCAGUUCUCUAUAUAAAAUAUCAGCACUUUAAUACUCGCCUCCCAAAAUUAGUAUUUUGCAAAUUUGCCUCGAAACCGUAGAAUUAGUUUAUAACUGUUAUGCAGCAACAUUGUGUUGAGUUAUGAGCAUAUUCAACCACACUGGACUACUUAAAUUCCAAAAAAUAAACACAAAAUGCUAACAACAUUCCAGCCAUUUUGCAAAUAUUUUAAAAG